UUUUAUCGUUAGAAAUAUCAAAGAAGAUCGUAUCAUAAAUGUAACUACAACAUCAUUAUAAGUCAUUGAGAGACGGUUGUUAUAUGGUCAGAGGCCUCUCAUCAGAUAAGAAAGCCAAAGUAAGAGUAGGGAUGAUAAUCUGUGGCAACGCAUGAUCGCUCUUUCUGUGGCCCCACUUUUAUGCGUCAGUCAAUAUAUGCUGAGGUUCAAGAUGGAUAUCACAACAAUGUGGUUACGAUUAUUUAUAAUAAUAUUUGGAUUGUUCGUGUCGUCCAGUCAAUGUCACAAAUCAGACAUGUUUCAGAAUACUUUGGGCCAUAUAAAAUCGCGGACGUCGCCAGAAAUUCAGACGAAAGCAGCUAAAGAUGUCGCGGAAAGACUGCUGGGCAAAGAGACAUCUAAAUUAUUUAUUAUGAUACUGGAUACUGAUUUGGGGCCUAUUGAUAAAGAUACUUUUGAGAUAACAAAAAAUUCUCUAGGCAAAAUCGAAAUUCGUGGCACUUCCGGAGUGGCGAUCACAUGGGGUUUGAAUUAUUACUUGAAACACUAUUGCAAUGUUCAUGUAUCGUGGGAUGGUACGCAAAUUUCGCUGCCAAACACUCUGCCAUAUGUUCGAGUUAAAAUUACAUCGAACGAUAGAUUCAGAUAUUAUCAGAACGUGUGCACCGUGGGAUAUAGUUCGGCUUGGUGGCAAUGGCGUCAAUGGGAAAAAAGUAUCGAUUGGAUGGCCCUUAAUGGGAUUAAUCUUGCCCUCGCUUUUACUGCGCAAGAGGCGAUCUGGCAAAGGCUGUAUCAAGAAUUGAAUAUGACGAAAGAGGAAAUCGACGAGCACUUGGGUGGACCGGCUUUCUUACCCUGGGCAAGGAUGGGCAAUAUUCGUGGCUUUGGUGGACCAUUAUCAUCAAAUUGGCAUAAUCGUACUAUACAUCUACAACACGUGAUUCUUCAGAGAAUGAGAGACCUCGGAAUCGUUCCAGUGUUGCCGGCAUUCGCUGGUCACGUGCCACGUGCUUUCGCCAGGCUUUUUCCAAAUGCUAAUAUGACGAAGAUCGAUCCGUGGAAUAAAUUCAAAGACAAAUAUUGUUGCCCUUAUUUGUUAGAACCGAUGGAUCCGCUAUUUCGCACGAUUGGAGAAAGAUUUCUUCGAAUGUACAUCGAUGAAUUUGGCACCGAUCAUAUUUAUAAUUGCGACACUUUUAAUGAAAAUGAACCUGGCAGCACUGAACUUAACUAUUUGAGAAACGUUGGUCAAGCCAUUUUUUCAGCCAUGAACGCGGUUGAUUCUAACGCGAUAUGGUUAAUGCAAGGUUGGUUAUUCGUACACGACAUCACGUUUUGGACGGAGUCCAGAGUAAAAGCAUUUCUGACUUCGGUACCCACGGGACGAAUGUUGGUAUUAGAUUUACAAUCGGAACAAUUCCCACAAUAUGGUCGAUUGAACUCGUAUUACGGUCAGCCAUUUAUUUGGUGCAUGCUACACAAUUUCGGCGGCACCUUGGGAAUGUUUGGUUCGGCGCAGAUCAUUAAUCAGCGCACGUUCGAGGGUCGAAACAUGAAUGGCAGUACCAUGGUGGGAACUGGUCUGACACCCGAAGGUAUCAAUCAGAACUAUGUAAUUUACGAACUAAUGAACGAAAUGGCCUAUCGUGACGAACCCGUAAACCUCAACGAUUGGUUUGCAAGUUACGCUGCUCGAAGAUACGGCGCAUGGAACGUAUAUGCAGUAAAUACUUGGCAAUACCUUGCCAGAACAGUUUAUAAUUUUGUCGGCACAGAAAAAAUUAGAGGACACUACGUUAUUACCAGGCGACCGAGUUUAAAUAUUUCACCAUGGAUCUGGUAUGAACGACAACUUUUUUAUGGAAUGUGGGAAGUGUUUCUAACAGCGAGAUACGGUAGAGGAAAUAAUACUCUCUACAGACAUGACGUAGUUGACAUAACCAGACAAGCUCUCCAACUAAUGGCCGACGAUAUCUACAUAACUAUAUUAGAUUGCUACAAGAAAAAGGAUAUCACUGCUUUUCGAUCGUCCGCGAAUGCUUUACUGGAACUUUUCGACGAUCUUGAAUCUAUUCUGGCAUCAGGAAGUAAUUUUUUGCUGGGCACUUGGCUGACGCAAGCUAAAGAAAUGGCUGACAACGAGGAAGAGAGACGAUCUUACGAAUAUAAUGCAAGAAAUCAAAUAACCCUGUGGGGCCCAAAUGGUGAGAUCAGAGACUACGCGAACAAACAAUGGUCGGGAGUGGUGGCAGAUUAUUUUAAGCCUAGAUGGGAACUUUUCCUAAAAGCUCUCGAGAAAUCGUUAAUCGAAAGAACCAACCUCAACACCACUGAGAUAAACGAUAGAAUAUUUCGCGAAGUCGAGCAGCCUUUCACUUUUUCCACGAAGCUUUAUCCGACGGAAGCAAAAGGUGAUCCUAUUGACAUAGCAGUAAAAUUAAUUGCUAAGUGGUAUGAAAUAGAAGCACCAUUAGCAUUACCAUCAUCAUCAUCAUUAUCAUCAUCAUCAUCAUCAUCGUCGUCGUCAUCAUCAUCAUCAUCGUCAUCAUCAUCAUCAUCAUCAUCAGCAUCGACAUCAACAUCAUCUAAUGAUUAUAUUUCCGUUUUAAUUUAGAUCAGAAUUAUGUUUUAAAACAUAUCGACGACAAUUUUAAUAAAACAAUUUUUAUUAAGGCACAUUAAAAA